AUGGGUGAAGCCCGUGCCUACAUGCCAGGACAAGCUAACCGUGGCUACCUGGAGAUAUCCCAUCCAGUAGAAGGGAGGAGAGGCUCUCUCUUCUCGCGUGCUACAUUCAAUUUGGUUCUCGCCACCAAAGACGGACUGAACUGGGGGCUAUUCGAUUCAUAUAUUAAUGUCGUUAUCCAGGGUUCCAAGCACGGUGGCCACUUCGAGCACGUGGGGCGACUUCGUAUCUUUGAGAAAAGUCGACCAGUCCUCGACAGUUAA